AUGGCCUCUACUACUACACCCAGAAGAAUUGCCUUAGCUCAAAUCAAAGACUCCCAUCUCAACAUCUCCAACUCCUCCGAUGGUAUAAAUAAAGGCUCUGCUAGUGCCACCCGUUGCGGCGGUGGGAUUGUCAUAGGCAACACCCUUUCUCCAUAUCCACGUAAGAAACUGCACCGUGAUUUGACGCCACUCAAAUCCGUUUCUAUGGCUGAAUACAAGUAUAAACGCCCAAAACAACAACAAGAACAACAACAACAACAAACUAUUGAAACCAAAGAUUCAGCAUCAUCAUCAGUGACGGCUGCUGUUACCGCAGCGCUUAAAGCUGCUGCUGGGAACACGUCUCCUACUAUCAACGAUACUGCUGGAUUGGCGGCAACUAAAUUGAAGUUGAAGCUUCAAUUGGCAUUCUACAAGAUUCAAAAAAGGAAUAAAUUAAACAAGACAAACAAUAGUAUUCAAAAUAUCUCCAUUCUUCCGAGAUCGUCGUCCAUUACCAACAUAUCACGUAUUACCACCAAUAGUGUUUUAUCUGAGAAACCUAAACCCAAACCAGCAGUAAGGUGUGUGAGUUUGUUGGCCCCUUCACUUCUGCCAACACCAAUUUACAAGACCCCCCCCUUGGUUCAUCAAAAAUCGUUUCUUCCUACCCCUUCUCCACCAACUGCUAUUUCUCCUCCAUUAGUGGCAGCCACCAAUUAUGCCAAAUCCGCUAAUGUCAAUCUUCAAACUAAGACCAAGCUUUUAAGUGAUGUGGGGGGACGUUCCCAAUCAAUCAGACCUUCGUUAUCAUUUGUGGCAUCCCAACCCCAAACAAAAACCCGCAAACAAAACCAAAAGCUUAGACUUUUACAAAUUAAAAAGAAUUCAAUUAUGCACCAACCACAACGGACAACAGCUUUAACUAUUAAUUCCAAGAAUAGCAACAGCAACAAUACCACCACCACAACAACAACUUCUACAGCUCCUUUGGCCAUUAGAUUGCCUCGAAUUGCUAACAAUCAGUCAUUUUCAAGAGGCACUUCUCUUCCUUCCAUACAGAAAAUCUUGAAGACUCCCAUCAAGAAUUCCAGCUCCACUAGAAGUUUGGUAUCCAGUCUCAUAACCAAUGAAGACACAAUUGAAGAAGACGACACUGUAAUAGAGACCAACAACUCUCCAGAUGAGGUUUCAAAAGUAUCGUCGAAGACACGUACCGCUGGUGCUGCUGGGGGGGAUGAGACUAUGGUACUAUUAAGCUCAUCACCAGCUUCUAAAGAUGACUUUGGUACUCCCAAUCUGUUUUCUGUUGCCAAAUCGUUGUUGCAACUUGGAGGUUACAAGAUGUAA